AUGCUCUCGGACGAUCACGCCUGCUCGCCCCGCAACUUUUUCCCCGGGCGCAUCUUCAACGACCACUCGCGCAACUUGAACUUGUACGGCGCCGGCGACGCCCAGGGCGAGGCUUCGACGGACAGCGUCGAGGUCGACUACCGCGGCGACGAGGUUCAAGUCGCGACCCUUCUGCAGCUGCUUGCGGGCCGACACAAUCCGGCGACGCCGCGCGGGAAGCGUCUCCUGACCGACGCCAACAGCAACGUGCUGCUCUACCUGUCGGGGCACGGCGGCGACGGCUUUCUCAAGUUCCAGGACUGGGAAGAGAUCUCCAGCGUCGACCUCGCGGACGCAGUCGCGCAGAUGAAGGCGCAGCGUCGGUUUCGACAGAUGCUUCUGAUUGCCGAGACGUGCCAAGGCAGCACCCUGCUGGAUGCGAUCACGACGCCGGGUGUCCUCGGCCUCGCCUCGUCGGGGCCGAAGGAGAGUAGCUACUCGCACCACGCUGACGGGUUCCUCGGCGUGGCUGUGAUUGACCGGUGGACGUACUACACGUUGCAGUUCUUCGAGAAGUCCGUGAAAGACUCCAGUUCCCCGGCAACCUUCCAGCAACUCCUCGACAGCUACUCCCGGAAACAACUGAUGUCGACCGCCUCCGCCCGGACAGAGCUCUUCGACAAAUCCCUGGCGGACACGAAACUCACCGAGUUCUUCGCCGCAGCGUCCACCCUCCACGCCACCGACAGCAUGUACCCGCUGCGCCCGCGAGCGGCGACAACGGGGAAGAAGGAGAAGGGAACGGGAGAGAACGAAGCGCGGGUCAGACGCGCCGGCGUGAGCGUCGGGACGUACUACGCGAGGCAUUUUGCCCUCGUGCGCGAAGAGGAAGGCGAGAUGGGCGAGGAGGAAGGCGCGAGGGACAGGAAGCAAGAAGAGCGGGGAAGAGACCACGAAGGCGCGACGACAGAGACAGUGGAGACACUCUGGGAGAAGUGGGCACCCCACGGCGAUGUACACCCGGCAGCAGUAGCAGGGUUGAUUCUCCUCGCCAUGGGAACUGCUGGAGCGACUUCGGUUCUGCUCUAG